CUCACCACAGCCCCAACAUCGUUGUGUACUUUGUGUGCUGACUUCAGAAAUGAGUGAGGUCAAGAAUCCUGAACACUUCUGUUAUGCUGAGGAGACCAAAGUGGCGUGGGAGGAAGAAAAACUCUCGGAGGACCUCGUAGAGGAGCAACGUAAACUCACCGAGGCUGAUCUCGUCAUCUUUCAGUUCCCCAUGUACUGGUUCAGCCUUCCUGCUAUCCUGAAGGGCUGGAUGGACCGUGUGCUCACACUUGGAUACGCCUACUCUGAUGACAAGCGAUACAGCCAGGGACUCUUCAAGACCAAGAAGGUAGUGCUGUCUUUCACCACUGGCUCCCAUGAGUCCAUGUUCAGUGCUGAUGGCAUCAAUGGAGACAUGAACGUCACCCUCUGGCCACUUCAGAAUGGCAUCCUGCACUACUGUGGCUUCCAAGUGCUGGCACCUCAGAUCUUCUGGGCUCCGUCUCGCGUCUCCCAGGAGGAGCGCGCCGCCAUGCUGGAGGCAUGGCGUGCACGACUUCAAGGUCUCCGGGAUGAGGCCCCGCUAGCCUUCACUCCCAUGGACUGUUUUGAUGGCGACAAGGGCUUCCAGCUGAAGCCUGAGGUCCAGGAGAAACAUGCAUGCCAGGAGUUUGGCCUCACUGUAGGAACCCACCUGGGGAAACGUGUGCCACCCAACCAGAUGAGGGCUGGAGUUUGAACUUUGAUACCCUGUCUCUACUGAAUAAAAGCAGCCUGCCUCUUUAA